GGUCACGGUGAUCAGACAAGUAUUGGCUCUCAUGUCCCACGCUGAGUCAAACCAGCACAAGUGAAUGGCACCGGCUAAACUACCAAAGGAACAACGCAAUACCGCGGGAUCUCCUGUCGACAGCACUUCCAACAAUGACUCCAUCAAUUCUCCCGUUGGUGGAAUCACUAUAUCCCUUUCGAACAUGCCAAGGAAAUGGACCAGUGAACAAGUGGACAAUAUAAAGCGAGUGGUUGCACAGCAGGACUGAGGCCGAAUCCCACCAACCAGACUCCAAUCACCCCAAUCACCAUGAAGAUCUCCCUGCUUUCCCUCUUCUCUGCUUCCAUCUCCGCACUCCCCUCCCCUCAUACCCAACAGAAUACCAUCCCUCCAUUCUUCCUCCUAGCCGGCGACAGCACCACCGCCACCCAAUCCAGCGGCGGCGGAGGCUGGGGCGAUGGCUUCAUCAACACGACGUUGCACUCCGGUGCCAAAGGGCUCAACUACGGACACGACGGGGCCACAACCGUCAGCUUCCGCGCCGGAGGAGACUGGGCUACCGUUCUCUCCAAAGUCAAAGAAUACAAGACCGACUACCGGGCCUAUGUGACCAUCCAAUUCGGACACAACGACCAGAAGCCCGCGAACAAUAUCUCCUUGACGGAAUAUACCAAGAACCUGGAGCAAUUCGCAACGGAUGUCAAGAAUGCAGGAGGCACACCCAUUCUGGUGACACCUCUGUCUCGACGCAACUACGAUAACACCACUGGCACACCUACCGUGAUUCAGGAUCUGGCGGACCAGCGAGCAGCGACGAUUGCGGCAGCGAACAAUACGGACACGGCUUAUAUUGAUUUGAACAAAGCGAGUACGGAUUACUUGAAUGCCAUUGGGCCUGUUGAUGCGUAUACAUAUAACUUGACCCCGGAUGAUCAUACACACUUGAACGUGGCGGGGAGUCAGGUAUUUGGGGGAUUGGUGGCGUCGUUGAUUGAUCAGGAUUUCCCGGAGCUCAAGAACGAUGACUAUGUCGUGGUCAACCCAGCGUUGCUAACUGCGUUGGCGGCGGGGAAGUACUACUGGCCUUGAAGUACUACUGGCCUUGAGGAUAUAGUUGUACCACUUUAUUCGAUGGAAUGGGAAGUUGAGCAUCAUUGCGGGGGGUCCGCUACAUAUAUCCAUCGCAGGUUGAUACUAAAAUGCGAACAAUUAUUUCAAAGUUACUGGCAAAUACACCCUCAC